ACUUCAAAAUAUUGGUCUACUUCAAAAUAUUGGCCCAAUUCAAACAUCAUGUUCCUGCCAUGCCGAAUACUUGUUUUGGCACAAAGACAUUGGGAUCAAUGUUAAUUCAGACGUCACACUAAUUAAAGCACCCUUAAAGGUUGCAGGGCACUAAAAUGAGCAAAUGGAACAUUGGCAAGCACUUGGCAGUUUUUGACUUUGACCACACACUUGUUGAUGGUAACACUGACACAUGGAUAACUAAACUAUACCCUAAAACAAUGGAAUUAAUUCGCCGCUGUAGGAAGGAUGGAUGGUGCUGGACGGACAUCAUGGAUAGUGCAUUUCAAUUGUUGCACGCAAAUGGCUUCACUCAGGCAGAUUUCAAUAAAUGUUUUGAAAGCCUGCAAUUUAUGGAAGGAAUGAAAGAAACCUGCAUAUUUCUUAAGGAAGUUGGAGUUCAAUGUAUCAUAAUCUCAGACUCAAACACAUACUUCAUAGAGCAUCUGCUUCUAAGAGACAAGUUAGAUAGUUGCUUCACAGACGUGUUUACAAACCCAGCAUGGUGGGGCCAAAAGGGAUGUUUACAUGUGGAGCAUUACCACAAUCACACCUGCAGAAUGUGCCCCAAGAAUCUUUGCAAGAUGCAGGCGCUAAAGACUUUUAUCAACAAGCAACUAGCAAAAGGGGAUGGGCCAUUUGAUAGCAUUGUAUAUCUUGGAGAUGGUUCGGGUGACUAUUGCCCAUCAGUUGGAUUAGAAAAAGGUGAUUAUGUGUUUGCAAGAGAGGGCUAUACACUGUUAAAGAAGUUAAAUGAGGCCAGUCCAGGAGUUGCUGCUGAGGUUGUUCCUUGGAAUUCAGGCAUCGAGGUCUUAGAUUUUUUACAAACGUUAUGGGCAUGUGAUAACACAAUGUAAUACAGUGGCAUUGUUGAAAAUAAAUGUGGCUUCCUCUUUA